GAAAAGGAAGCUUCCCAAAGCAAUUCUAGCGGAUCAAGGAAGGGGUUUCCAGCCACAGAGACGUUUUAUUGGCCCGGCACUGUAACAGGAACAAAUUGAAAGAAGCUUUUGCCAAAGUUUGUCAGCUAUAUAAAGACGCGAGCGCUUCACGAGUUACUAAUAAUAGUUGUGUUGUAGCUGCAGCUUACCUGUGGAGCCACGAUGAGUUCCCCCGUGGCUGUCUACCGUGACAUUUAUACCGAGGACCAGUUUAAGAAGAUGUACGGCGCAUCGGAGGAGACGAAAAGUUCUGAGAAGCUUCGGGAGAGGGUUUUAAAGAGCUGCGGGUGUAACAAAGAUGCGUGCGUGAAAGCGUUGAAAGAAAGGAUCCCCAUUUUAAACUGGUUGCCGAGGUACAAACUGAAGAAAUGGUUACUGGGAGAUGCGGUCGCUGGUUUUACUGUGGGUAUAGUUCAUAUCCCUCAGGGUAUGGCGUUUGCCCUUCUGACGUCAGUGGCCCCAAUCUACGGACUUUACACCUCCUUCUUCCCCGUGCUUCUUUACGUUCUGUUCGGCACUGGACGGCACGUCUCUACAGGUACCUUUGCUGUGGUGAGUCUGAUGACCGGCUCAGUGGUUGAACGCAUGAUCCCCAGACCUGUGGAUCUGAAUUCAACAAGCCCAGAGGCUGCAGAGAUAGAGGCACAGAAGAUCGGCGUGGCGGCGGCUGUAGCGUUUCUCUCAGGGAUUAUUAUGGUGUGCAUGUUCGCUCUGCAGCUCGGAUUCCUGUCCACCUACCUCUCUGAGCCCAUCGUGAAGGCCUUCACCAGCGCCGCUGCCUUCCACGUCACCAUCUCCCAGCUGCAGAACAUGCUGGGACUGAGGCUGCCGAGGUACACCGGCCCCUUCACCAUCUUCAAGACGCUGGCAUCCGUGUUUGAAGCUCUGCCCUUGACUAAUAUGGCAGAGCUGGUUAUCUCGAUGGCCUGUCUGUCUGUCCUGAUUCCCGUGAAGGAGAUCAACACUCGCUUCAGGCACAAGCUGAGGACGCCUAUCCCUGUGGAAAUACUGAUGGUUAUCGUUGCAACAGGGAUUGCCUAUGCCUGCUCUUUGGAUUCAGUUUAUGAAAUUCAGAUUGUCGGACAUAUUCCUGCUGGGUUCCCUAGCCCACGACUCCCUGCUCUGGAGACGCUGCCCAGUGUGGCUGGAGAUACGCUGGCCAUCACCUUUGUGGGCUAUGCCGUGUCCGUGUCACUAGCCAUGAUCUACGCAGACAAACACGGCUACACCAUCCACCCCAACCAGGAGCUGCUGGCUCACGGGAUCUCGAACACAGUGUCUUCUCUGUUCAGCUGCUUCCCCAGCUCUGCCACCCUCGCCACCACCAACAUCCUGGAGAGUGCAGGCGGUGCCACACAGCUGUCAGGACUGUUCACCAGCCUGGUGGUGCUGGUGGUGCUGCUGCUAGUUGGUCCGCUCUUUUACUUCUUACCAAAGGCUGUGCUGGCUUGUAUCAAUGUGACCAGCCUGCGGCAGAUGUUUCUGCAAUUCCAGGACCUGCCAGAACUCUGGAGGAUCAGCAAGAUUGACUUUAUGGUGUGGGUAGUGACCUGGCUGUCUGUGGUAAUCCUGAAUGUGGAUCUGGGUCUGGCUGUUGGGGUCGUGUUCUCCAUGAUGACUGUAAUCUGCCGAACCCAGAGGGCUGGCUGCUCUGUGCUGGGAAGAGCAUCCAAUACAGAAAUCUACAGAUCCAUCAAAAAGAAUAGCAAGUGCUAUGAAAUCCCUGGUGUGAAGAUCCUGGCCUACAACGGGCCCAUUUACUAUGGCAACCGCAGUUUCUUCCGGGAAGCGAUGACCAAUCUACUGGGGCUGACCCCAGAGAGAAUACGAAGGAGAGAGAAGAUCCUGAAGGCACUGGAGAAGAAGGAGAUCUUGAGCAUCCCCACUGUGGAAAGCGGAGUUGCAAAUGCUUCCUUUUCAUCAGAAAAUGAGCUCUUUAAAUCAGAUAUCGUGGACGGAGAGGUCCAGGCAGUACUAAUCGAUUGCAGCAGCGUCAUCUUCAUCGACGUUGCAGGAGCCAGACUCUUCAUACAGAUGUGCAUUGAAUGUCAGAAGGCUGGAGUCAGAAUAUACCUAGCCAUGUGCAAUGAGAGUGUUUUGAAGAUCCUCACCAAUAGCGGACUGAUGGACCACAUGAAUCCUCAGCACCUCUUUGUCACAGUGCAUGAUGCUGUGGUCUACAUCCAACAGCUCAAGGAGAACUCGUCUGAGAAGACUGCUACGAUUUGGGUGUGAGAUCCUGAGCUGGGCCUGUUUUGCGGUUUGAAGUGCUGGAGCCACGACUCUAGGAAAGUGUAGAUAGAGAAGUGUAUUUAUCUGUGAAGUACAGGAGAGAACACAACACAGCAGAGUCCUCCGCACCUGGGGCUAGCAGCCACACGGCCAUCUAGCCCAACCAAAUGACCUUUGGCAAUGCAAAGGUUACGUACUAGGGGCAAUGACAUGAUCCAUUGCUGGAAUGGUAGCACUGGCGGUGGGAUGGAUACUAGAUCGAUGCAGCGGUUUUGUUAACACUGUAUUUUGAGUGGCACAAAUAAGGUAAUUAUUUGACGUGCAGUUACACAUUUAUUGAACUGCAGUUCUAUGUUAAUACAUAAGCAUGCAAUAUGAUGUUUGUGUCCAUCCAUCAUUGCAAGUCAUCAUAUUCUAGAUGUGUGUUUAGAAUGUUUAUUAAGACUUAAAAAGGACGUUUUGGAAUAAUGUUAUUUUGUCAUUUACAUGUCAUGCCUGUAACUUCAAUAACUGAAGUUGCUUUUCAGUUAAUAUUUAUUUAUGCCGCUCUAUAUAAAAGCAUUACCUUUUUUUUUUUUUUUUUUUUUUUUGAAAUAUAGCACACCCAGAAAUCAAAGGGUUUUUGUGAUCUCAAUUCAAAAGCCUGCACAGUUGGUCAAAAAAAAAAAAACCCUGAAUUUUAAUUUGAUUUAUUAUUUGCAUUUAAUGCGAUGUUCAAUAUUCCUUUGUGUUGGUUUUUAUAUGCCCCCUUCAUUAUGUGAAGUGGAGCAUUAUUUUUCAGUACCUUAGUAAUAAACAUGCUUUUUAAAAAUAGUUCUGUGUAUUAUGCAAGAUAAAUAUUCAUUUUCUUGGGCUCGUUUUGCAACACAAUGCUUCUUGGUACCCGUUUCUGUGUAGCUCUGAUUCACACCAAUCUAAACUGCAAUCUGUACAUUCUAACCACUUUUUAACCCCUGAAGGUACACAAGGAAUGGAACGGUUAUUCAAAACGGGCUCUUCUUAAAAUACAUUUGAGAGCGACUCAAGUAUCACAAGGAGGAAACUGACAAUUUGGAUGACCGUCAGGAAAUUCUAAACCUUGUUUCGUGCCCCUCAUUGCAAAAAUAAGAAAGUGUGCAUUAUUUUUAUUUUUUAUUGUGAGACACACAUGUUCCUUGUACCUUACAGGGUUACGGUGCUUUGACUAGGUGUUCAGGAGCUGCUUUUGAGUUCUAGUUGCCAUAGACUAGACCAAGGCCAAUGCCAUAGAGUGAUCUGCCACU